GCCGUUGGAGGGAGAGGCCCGCCAGGAGCGGCGGGCUGGCGUGAGGAGAGGGGGGCGCGCCCGCCGUCGGGAAGGGGGGGGCCCGGGGGGGUGUUUCGGCCCCCUCGCCCCCGCCAUGGAGCACAUCACGACGCCUAAGGUAGAAAACGUCAAGCUCCUGGAUCGUUAUACGCACAGAAAGCCAGCAAAUGGAACGCUCUACUUGACGGCCACCCAUCUGAUCUACGUAGAUGCUUCCGCUGAAGUCCGAAAGGAGACAUGGAUCCUCCAUCACCAUAUUGCUUCUGUGGAGAAGCUGCCUCUGACCGCCUCCGGCUGCCCGUUGCUUAUUCACUGCAAGAACUUCCGAGUGGUGCAUUUUACUAUCGGGCAGGAACGGGACUGUCACGAAGUCUAUACCUCUUUGCUGAAACUCUCCCAACCAGGGAAACCCGAGGAACUUUAUGCGUUUUCAUACAACCCUAAAAUGCCCAAGGACCACCGAGAGAUGGGCUGGAAACUCAUAGAGGUCGGCGUGGACUACCAGAGGAUGGGGAUCCCCAAUGAUUACUGGGAGUUUACCGAUGCCAACAAAGAUUACGAGGUCUGCAACACAUACUCUCCGGAACUCGUGGUGCCGAAAGCCGCCACCAAGGCGAUGGUGCUGGGCAGCUCCAAGUUCAGAAGCCGAGGUCGGAUCCCAGCGCUUUCCUACUUCUCCAGAGAAAACAAUGCCGCCAUCUGCCGGUGCAGCCAGCCCUUGUCCGGGCUUAACACUCGCUGCCUGGAGGACGAACAGCUCCUGCAGGCCAUCCGGGAAGCCAACCCUGGAAGUCCGUUCAUGUAUGUUGUAGACACGAGGCCAAAGCUGAAUGCCAUGGCCAACCGUGCUGCCGGAAAGGGCUACGAGAAUGUGGAUAAUUACGACAACAUCCGUUUUAAGUUCAUUGGGAUCGAAAACAUCCAUGUAAUGAGAAGCAGCCUGCAGAAGCUUUUGGAAGUGUGUGAAAUGAGAUAUCUUUCAAUGAGUGACUUCCUUACCGGCCUGGAGAACUCUGGCUGGUUACGGCACAUCAAAGCUAUAAUGGACGCCGGUGUCUUUCUUGCAAAGGCAGUGAAAGAUGAGAAGGCCAGCGUUUUAGUGCAUUGCUCAGAUGGCUGGGAUCGCACCGCUCAGGUCUGCUCCGUGGCUUGUCUCCUCCUGGAUCCCUUUUAUCGGACAUUUAAAGGAUUCAUGGUCCUGAUAGAGAAGGAAUGGAUCGCGAUGGGCCACAAGUUUUCACACAGGUGCGGCCACCUGGAGGGAGACCCCAAAGAAGUGUCUCCUGUCUUCACCCAGUUCAUUGACUGCACCUGGCAGCUCCUGCAGCAGUUUCCCUGCGCCUUUGACUUCAACGAGCGCUUUCUUCUCGAGAUCCACGACCAUGUCUAUUCUUGCCAGUUUGGCAACUUCCUGGGGACCUGCCACAAGGACCGGGAAGAUCUAAAAAUUUUUGAGAAGACUCACUCUCUGUGGCCGUUCCUCCUCCAGAAGAAGCAAGAGUUUAGAAAUCCACUCUACAAAGGAUUCACGGCUUACAAGGAACUCCGGCCCAACACCUUGCCGUUCAGCUUCCAGUUCUGGUGCGGCAUGUACAACCGUUUCGAUAAAGGGAUGCACCCAAAGCAGUGUGUCUUGGAUCAUCUCCUUGGCUGUAUCAGCCAGAAUGUGGAGCUGGAAGAUGCUGCCGGCGAGCUAGAAAAUAAGUUGCCUCUCCAAGAUGGGCCGCUGCCUGACAAGAUUCCCAUCUUACCCAGAAUGGCCGUCGCUUCCACCCGCUGUUCAAAAUCCCCCCUGCUCAACACGCCUCAGGACUACGAGGGCGAAGAGGCCCCCGCCCUGCUGGCCAACGGGACCGUCGCCGGCAAGGGAGGGGACGGACCGGGUCGGCCUCUGACAGCCUUCCAAGAAGACCAGGCCAGUUCCCUCAAAUUGGUCCCGGAGAGCGAGAGCUGGCCCGCCGGGGGGACCGCCCGACCUGAUGCCCCGGAGGGAGACCUCCAGGACCACUGAGAUGGGCUGCGAAAGCCAAGGAGAAGCGGCCGGCGAGAGGGGUCACCCUGGGCCAGGCCAGUCACCUCACCCCUGUGGGGCCAAGCGUUGCGUUCUGUGUGUUGAAAGCAUUGGGGCAGGGAGAGCUGGUGUCGGCUGGUUUGGAGGGCUUUCUGGAGCCGGGCAGAGACCGCACAGGGCUUGUGACUGUCACGGAUGGGGACCAAGUCAGGCCAUACAAGUGUGCUCUGUCUCUCUCUCACACACACACGGUCAGAUGUUACUCGUAGCCUCUGAGGACGGUGACUCCCUGUCGAUAGGGACCCUUUUUUCAAACCACACCAAAUCGGAUCCCCAGGGAAGAAAGAGGUUGCCAUGAAAGGACCAACAGUCAGACCAUGUUCAAAGAAGCCCUUUUGCGGCUGCCUUGUGCGGGGACUCCCUUCUGCGACCACCUCGGGUUAGAAUUUGGGGGCCCUGCACGUGUUUCUCUUCUUUUUUUUUUUCCCUACAUAGCUGUGCCUUCUGCUGUUUACGUUGUUUUUUUUUAAGCAUUGAUGAACCUCAUGCCCCUCCACUGGCCCUGUGGUCAUCUGCUCACUGUGGUGUGUGUGUGAUUGUAAUGUGGAGUAUGUGGAAGUUGUGCUUUAGAACCGUAUCCCUGUUUGUUUGUUUUUAAAUAGCUGUUCUGAACCUGCUUGUUGUCUUGACAGUGGUUAGCACUCUGUCGCUGUUAAAAGAUAUUGAAAGGUGUUGUGGCCCACGGAUGAAGUGACUUUAGGGACGACGGUCUCGGGUUUUCAAGCAUCCACAGGGACUCUUGAAUAUUCAGUAUUCUUCCUGUUUUCCUUUCCCUCCUUUCAGAUACUGGCCAGGCUAAUGAUCACCUUUAGGGUGCUAAGAAAGGGCCCACGCCAUUCUUUCCUCUGCCACACAGAAAAGAUCACAUCCAACAAAGCCCUUCUCCGAAGAAAGGGUGGAAAUGCAAAGCAUGGACAUGUAGCUUGGCCAGAUCCGGACCUCUUGAGAGCAGCGUGGGCAUUUUGUCUUGCUAGAUCCUUCAUUUCGUGUUGUGCGAUCCUUAAUAACGGCACUGUCCACAUCUGAGUGAUGCGAGAAAACACGCCCCCGUCUGUGGAAAACAGUGAACAGGGAACGUGUGGUGGUAGACCGUGACGAUGCCGGUCUGCUCUCAAAAGACAGGGCUAUCAUCAUCUUAAAACUGUUGAGCUAGGACAGAGAAGCUUCUCUUUUUCAGAUGCUCAGGAGUUGGACUUGGCGUUAACGAUUUGCUGAGCUUUCUGGAAACUGGCCUUUUAACCUAUCUGGAAGACCACACUUUCUCAACACUCUAGAAGGCUUAUGGUUUGGACCAGAAGUCCCGAAUCGGAAACCACUCAGACGACUCAUUCAGGUUUAUGCAGAAGUAGGGAAUAGGACCCAAAGGGAAGAAGAGCCGUCUGGCCUUUCCAAACACCAACGCUCCAAAAAUCACCACCUGGUCUUCCAAGCCCUACUGUAUGUACUGUAGAUGGGCAAAAUGGUGUACACGGUGGCCAGUUAUUCUGCUACGCUUUUCUAACAAACAUUCCUUUCUAAAAGCCUAUUUGGGUAGGAGCAGUCCGAAAUGUCUUUAUGAGCUGUUUGCCACUCCAUGGAAUGCAGAGGGAACCUCUGCUCCGCAUGUCUGUCUACCUUUUCUUGCUUUUGAUCCUGCUGAUGCAAAACCAGAAAAUAAACAUGGAGGGGGGAAGGGGGCUGCUAACCAAGAGGUUAACAUUAUUUUAAUAAGCACAGGCUCAUGAUGGAAAAGUUGGAAACGGCAGACAUGCAUGUACAAUUACCAGCAGGGAAAAGCAUGGCCAAAUGUGUUAAUCUAGUGGUUCCCCCUGAAAAAACUCAUGCAUGCUGUAUUUGGUUUCCUGUAAGGGGAAGUUUUAUUUAUUCUUCUGCUGUUUUUAAAAUAAAACUUUUUUUGGGGGGGUGGAGUGAAUGCAUCAGCCAGGAUCCAUUAGGACGCUUGCUCUGACAGAAGGCAGAUAUGGAACAAUGCGGUCAUAGGACGGAGGAACCCUCAAGACCAGAAUUUUUAGGGGAGUUGGGAUAAGGGAGAGCAGGAAACCAACUUGUUACAGGCACCACGUAGAGAAGGGACGUCGCCUCUUCCUGGAUCCAUUGACAGAGCACCUUCCUUCGGCACACACGCCAGACGGGGACCUGGCCAUUCGUCUGAUGGACAUUCCAUAGAUGUACAACCUUCCCCUCGUAGGGGAGCAGAGGUGGAAGAAGUCCACUCUUCAUCGUAAACCACCUUCUUGUAUCGGAGUAUCGCAGAAGUCACCCUUUUCCAUCCUCUAGAUUACGGGAGUUCAAUCUGUUGCUAAAGGACUUUUCCAACCCUCUCAGGCAUAGGCAUACGAAUUCGUAUGCUUAUGCCUGGCGAAUACGUAUAUAAAUUUUGUAUAGUACUCAAAAGGAAGCUGCACGGGUAAGUCAUUCCCCGGUGGAGGGAGUACGGAGUUAUGAACUCAAAGCUCUGUCCCUUUCAUGCUCCUUGGGGAAAAUCGGAAAGCACUGGAAACCUUUACGUCCAUGGAGAUUCCGGACUCUUUCCACUUAGACCUGAUGUAUGAAUUCUAAGCCUAGUGUCUUUAAAUCUUCUGUUGCAAUGUGGAACUAGCCGUCGGAAUUAGGCCACUUUCAGCCGGCUCCUGCUUCAUGUGAGCAAGAGAGAACGGUGGGCUGAUGAUCCACAUAGAAAGAUCUCGAGCUACUGAUGCUUGCCCGGGCAGCCAUUUUCCACAUCAAAAACAACAAAAAUUGGGAAAGCGUCACUGUAUGUCCUUAGGCCUCCUGCGUCGGAUAUAAUUGGCUCCCUGCUGUGGCACCCGGCGGAGCUUCGCUUUGUUCAAAUUCUUACCUGCUCCUAAACAUAGUGGUUUUGGGGCCAGCGCUCGUGUUCGGCAAUGGGGAGUCUGUAGCCGUCUCUCGUCACCGACCUGUGGGUCCCUCCUGAUUUACAUGGACUACAGGCUGGAAGGCCUGGUCGUUGUCCUCCACGGAUCUCUGGAAGGCAGCAGCUACAGGGGAGGGCUCUCUUUUAGAACUAAGCUUGCGGAGCAAUCCUUGCACUCGGCACCUUUAGAGUUGGCUGGUUAAGCAAAUCGUAGCUACGCCACCGUCGCCCCCCGACUGCCCCAUAGAGACAGAGGUUAUGUGGGUCCUUGUGAGGCUCCUUAUAGACCCCAUUCAGAUGGAGGAGACUUGUUAACUUUCAGUGUAGCUUAGUAUAGUAAAUUGCAGUAGAGUAGGCCCAUUGAAUCAAAGGGGAUGUGUUGGGCGAGUCAGCUCCUCUGUUUCAUUGAUACAAAUAGGCCUAUUCUAAUUGCAACUUACUAUAAUAAGUUGCAAUUAGAGUAGGCCCAUUUGAAUCAAUGCAACAGACAAAGGAGCCGACUCACCCAACCCCCAUUGAUUCAGUGGGCCUACUCUAGUAUGAUUUUCUACACUAAACACGUGGGCCAGUGAAUCCUUGGCAUAAGUGGGUUGAACCAAAGCUUAGGGAGUUACUUUUUAAAAGUAAUUAGCUCCUGUUACUCAUUACAGUGUUUGAAGAGUAACUGUUCUGUUGUUGCAGUGUUGGGAAAUGCUGUUAUCACACUUGUAAACUUUUCUUACUUUUUUUUAAAAUAAUAGUGGUGUAAAACUUGAGAACUUACAAAAUUCCACUGAAUAAAUGUCCUUGGGCAGUCACUUUGGGAAGUAACUAGAAAACCCUGAAGACUGUGGACCUUGAAUGCUUCAAGCAGCCCCCUGGUCUUCAGAGGUUCGACCUGGGGGGGGGGCUCAUCCUCAGCAUCCGUGCCAUGGAAGCCCAAGAGUGUAACUUUGGGAUGGAGGUUCUUGGUGCUGUGGAUCUCAAGUCCUGAUACCCGUGGCCAUGUGUGGCCAUGAUGGCCAAACCUUCCUGCAGUUGAAGGCCCCGAUUCUCCAUCGGAAGGACCAAGGGAUCCAGACGCGCACCUCUCUCCUUGCUAGGCGACUCCACAUUUCAGGGAGAGUGAAACCCGCUGUGCGUGGCCACAACCAUCUGCAUGGGUCCAAACCUCUUGUACAGUUAUGGGUAAUCCAGCUGAUGAAUGCCCCCUGGAAUGGACUGAAUGCAUGAGUAGCUUUCCCGUUAAUAGGUUUCUGCGUAUGCAUAAAUGUAUGUGUCUCGUUGUCAUGGUGGUGAUGCAGUACGUUUUCCAGGUUGUGUGGCGUUACGUUAAUAUAGCACUGGACCUGACAGUAUAUUAAAAUGAGCAUUAAAAGGCUCUGCAGUUCCCCUUUUGCAAAAAAUAAAUAAAUGUAAAAUUGUGUCUGAUAUAAAGUUUUGUAAGUUGCUGGCUGUGUUUUGUCUUAAAAUAUAGCUGUCUAAAACUGUGAUUAAUGAUUCCCUCUAUAUAUAGAGGGGGGGAAUCAUUAUAUAUAUAUAUUAUAUAUAUAUAUCUUAAAUACAUGGCCCAACUCUGAUUUCACUGAUAAAAAAAAAGAUGGGGGGGAGAGAAGAAAAGAGUAUUGUGCUCUUUAUAUACCUGGUUGCAAGUCUUAUGGACAGUUUGAUUUGUAUUACGUUUUUUAUUACAAAAAUAAUAAAGUUCUUGCAUUUUUUU